AUAUUUCGGGAGAGUGACAGUAUAUAAGGUUGAGAGCUCUAGCUGGCAGAUCACUGCAGUAGCUCGAUUCAUCGCACCGAAACCUCUCUAGCCCAAACCCAGCUGAGCUAAAAAUGGCAUUCGCCGGUGUUCUGAAUGAUGCUGACAUCACUGCAGCCCUGCAGGCAUGCCAAGCUGCUGACAGUUUCAACUACAAGAGCUUCUUUGCCAAGGUCGGCAUUUCAGGCAAAUCUGCCGAUAUUGUCAAGAAGGUUUUUGCCAUCCUUGACCAGGACAAGAGUGGCUUCAUUGAGGAGGAUGAGCUUAAACUGUUCCUGCAGAACUUCUCUGGUAGUGCCAGAGCACUGACUGAUGCUGAAACCUCAGCCUUCCUUAAAGCUGGGGACACUGAUGGUGACGGCAAGAUUGGAAUUGAUGAGUUUUCUGCUCUGGUUAAGGCAUAAAUAUCAGCUGACCAACAUCUCUUGCCUUAAUGGAACAACAUUGCCCAAGACCUCCCCUUUUCAUCUGAAUAUAAAUAAUUUUUAUACAUUUGCCUGUGACAUGCCUGCAGAAUGUUUCCUCUCUUGCAGCACUCUGUCCAAAGUGAUGAUUGUAAAUGUAGUGCAGUUGUGUUUCAUGUCUUGAAUAUGAAUUUUGCUUACUGUAAAAUCUGAUGCACUUUUCAGGAACAAAAAGGAAAAGAAUAAAUAUUCUUUUGCAAUAGAAA